AUGCUCGAGGUCGACACCUCUGUCAUCAUGUCCAUGCCCGCAUUCGAGAUGUCUAGCCACUCGACGCCGGUGUCGAUGGUUCAACGAUCCGCCCUUGCUCGACGAAUCGUUCGAGCGCUUCCGUUCCUACGCUGCUUACCAGAACCCGAUGCUCGCCAGAGCUCAGACAUCGUCAUCUAUUGCAGGACGUACAGGCAUACGGAUAUUGAUGCCUUCGGGGGUUCGUCGCGGCAGACCCGGACGCAGAGGGCUAUGGUCAUGCUCAUCGAGUCUGGUGUCCUCUACAUGCUGUUCAUCCUCGUGCAAGUGAUCAUGAGCCUCAGCUCCGUGAACGCCAGCCUGCGCGAAAGCACAUCGCUCGCGUCCGCCUUCUCGACCUACCAGUACGUCAGCAGUUCCAUCGCGGGCAUAUACCCGACGCUCGUCGUCAUCCUCGUCAACUCCAAGCACUCCAUGCUCAGGUCGGGCGCGGGCACCGGCUCGUCGAACAGCGCGCUGGUAUACAAGCGCGGGCAGGGCGCGAGCGAGGCGACGUACAGCUCUGCGGCGACGGUGGACCCUGUGCGCGGGCCGGCGGGCGAGAUCAUCCUGUACGGGAUGGCGCAGCUGAAGGAGGACUGUGCGGAGGACCCAGAGGCCAUGGCAGGCGUCACAAGGAAGAAUGAGACUGCGAAGAUAGAGCAGUCCGUGGCGUACGACGUGUGA